AUGAAAGGAGCAGAUAAUGCCCCCGUCAAGAUUCUGGAAUUGAAGGCGGAGUCGUCGGAGGUGGAGAUUCUUAAAGAAAAUCUGGACAAGAUAAGCACGAAGCUCAACGAGUCCGGAGCCAGUUACGUUUCCAUCAUUGCCGUGAUGGGGACGUAUCGUACGGGCAAGAGCUUCCUGCUUGAUUUGUUGGCCCGGUAUCUGAAGAAACAGGCGGCAAAGGAACUUGCAAAGGAACGGGCAUUGGAGAAGGUGCAGCUUGACGCUUUGACUCAAGACCCUUCUCAGGUGGCAACGUUGCCUGCUCAGCGCGUGAGACAUUCACGCCCGCGUGGGCGAUUGCACGUCAUGGCAGCUUUUGCUGCUUGGAUUUCGCUUCUUCCAGCUGCACUAGCUCAGCAGCAGGCCGGCGGAGAUUAUCAAAGGUACUUGGACCAGUAUGCCGGUGAUUAUGAGAAGUACAUCGGCAGUGGGGGAUCUGCAGGUGGAUCUGGAUUUACAAAAUAUUAUCAGAAGUACAUGCAGCAGUAUGGGGACUACACCAAGUACAUGAAUGGAGGGCAUGCCGGGGAUGGAUAUGAGUCGUUCCUUGGCCAGUAUGCAGGCAAGUUCAUGUCCGGCGACAAGGCCGCAGGCAAGGCACAGGCAGAAACUCAGAAGCCUGCGACCCCCCUGUCCUUGGCAAGCUCCCAUGGAGGGAGUGGUCAGAAACCCUCCUAUAUGGACUUUCAGAGAUAUCUUCAGGGCCAGGGAGCUAGCAGACCCAGCGAUUUCUCGCAUUACAUGAAUCAGUAUGCGGCAGACUACCAAAAGAAGCACGCUCAGGGCACUCAAGCUGGAGACUUUUCAAAGUUCAUGGAUCAGUAUGCAUCUGACUACCAGCCUUACAUGCAGAGUCAGGCCCCAGGCGGAAGCCAAGGAUCUCAAGGCGGAGGCGAUUUUCAGCAGUUCAUGGAUUUCACGAAGUAUAUGCACGGGGGACAGGCUCCGCAAGGUGGUGCAUCUUUCUCCCAGUACAUGGACGGAUACGCAGACUUUCAGAAGUAUAUGCAAGGGCACGGGUCCUCCGGCGAUGAUUUCUCGAAGAACUACCAGCAGUACAUUCAGCAACAUGGUUCGCAAGGCGGUGGCGGGUACCAGAAGUACAUGGAUUUCCAGAAGUACAGUGACCAAGGAGGUGAUUUCUCCAAGUUUAUGGCCGAGUACGCGGGUGAUUAUUCCAAGUACACAGGGCAGGGCUCCCAAACACAAGGCUCGCAAGGAGGCUUUUCCAAGUACAUGAAAGACUACGCAGACUACCAGAAGUACAUGCAAGGGCAAGGCAGGCAAGGCGGCUCGGGAGGAGACUACAUGUCCCAGUAUGCAUCCGACUACCAGAAAUACGUGCAGGGCCAAAGCCAAGGUUCGCAAGAUUAUUCCAAGUUCAUGGAUCAGUAUGCAAAUGGUUACAUGGGGCAGAGCUCAGUCGGCACUGGCGAUUUCAAGAAAUAUAUGGACUAUCAGCAAUACAUGCGCGGUCAGACUUCACACACUCCAGAUUUUUCGAGGUACACGUCAAAGUUUGCUGCCGAUUACGAUAAAUAUAUGCAAGCCCCAGACAGGGAAGGACACACCAAUCGCGAGGGCCAUGGCAGUUCAGCGCACCACCAGAAGUCAGCUUCCAACAGCGCCAAUGACACAGCCUCGCCGGUCGUGUUCGCAGCUGGCACUCAUCAGCCGGAUCUCAACAGCUUCAUGGGAAAUCAUGACGACUACCAGCAGUAUUUGACCACUCACGGCCAGGGUGCUCCGCGGGGCUUCCAAGCUUUCAUGGGGAAUUACACAGAUUCCUUGCACAAGUACAUGCACGCCAGGGGAAGCCAAGCAGCUGGCGACUUUGGCAAGUACUUCAGUGAUUACCAGAACUAUGAGCUGAACAAAGGCAAGCAGGAGGCUGCUGGCUUCCAGCACUACAUGAAAGCCUACGCCGAUGACUACUCCAAAUAUGUGCAAGAACGCGGUGAUUCGGCUGCAGAUGCCAAAGGCAAGUCGGGAAACUUCCAGAAGUACAUCGCCCAGUAUGCAGGCAAUUACCAGAAGUACAUGCAGGACCAGCCGUCUGCAUCUGGGCCCAGUGCGCCAACACUUUUUGCCUCUGGUACGUCUGCAGAGCCGGUGCCCGAGCAGACGCAAGAGCAGCGGGAGAACGAGAAGUUGCAGAAGGAGCAGCAGGCCCUUCAUGCGGAGCUGCAAGCGGAGCAGGAGCGCCUCAGCACCGAGCUGAAGAAGGAACGUGAGCAGCGUCGAGAAGAGAAGGAGCACCUUCGGACAGAGCUCGAGGCGGAACGGAAGGAGCAGAGCCAGGCUGCUCAGCCUGCUCAGCCUGCUGCCUUGGCAGAGACGGCCGGCUCCAAGCUAAUGUCAGUCUCGCCCCUGCUUGUGGGUCUCUUGAUGGUUGCUGGGGUGUGCGGCCUGCUCCGAAGAAGAACGCUGCGCAGACGGGCAGCCGACGACGACUAUUUGAUGCAGCUGGAUCCUCCAUUGGCAGCGGUUUGA